AUGAUGGAGAGGAUGAGGAAGGAGAUGAUACUGAUGGAGAGGGGUCUGCACAGUCCGGUGGCCGCCAAGAGGCUGACGGACUCGGCCGGGAAUUCCGUGCUGGAGGCCCUGGAGAACUCCCAGCACGCCGGGCGGCUCAGCCCGAGGAUAACGUCGGCGUCCCUGCACGGGAGUCUCGGUGACAUGCCGGCCAAGGGCAAGUUUGAGAUCGACAGCCUGUUCGGCUCGCAUCACGGCAACGACGGAAGCCCCUCGGCGGACAUUUCCUCAUCGGAGAGCCGGAAGAAAAUGAGCCUUUACUCGGAAGUUUCCCAGGAAUCUGACAUCAACAGCGACGUGGAGGUGGGCUGCCCCACACAUCGCUCGCCCAGCCAGCACAAAGAAAACAAAGGUAGGGGCUUCUCAGACAGUAAUUCUGCAUCGUCCAACACGAGUUCGAGCUCCAUGUCCGGGAUGAACGGCAACUCCACGGGGGGGUCCAACAACAACAACAACAACAACAACGCCGAUCAAGUCCGGAGGUACCGGACCGCUUUCACCCGGGAGCAGAUCGGCAGGCUGGAGAAGGAGUUUUACCGGGAGAAUUACGUGUCGAGGCCGAGGAGAUGUGAACUGGCCGCGGCUCUCAAUCUGCCGGAGACCACCAUCAAGGUUUGGUUCCAGAACCGGCGCAUGAAGGACAAGCGGCAGCGACUGGCCAUGUCCUGGCCCCACCCGGCCGACCCCAGCUUCUACACCUACAUGAUGACGCACGCCGCCGCCACCGGAAGUCUGCCUUACCCCUUCCACUCGCACAUGCCGCUGCACUAUUACCCGCACGUCGGCGUGACGGCGGCCGCGGCGGCGGCGGCUGCAAGCGGCGCCGCGUCCUCGCCCUUCGCCUCCUCCAUCCGGCCCCUCGACACCUUCCGCGCCCUCUCCCAUCCUUACUCGCGGCCGGAACUGCUGUGCAGCUUCCGCCACCCGGGACUCUACCAGUCGCCGGCGGGCCUCAACAGCUCGGUGGCGGCGGCGUCGGCGGCGGCUGCGGCGGCUGCGGCGGCGGCGUCGGCGGCGUCCAGCGCGCCUUCCGCCGGCGGGCCUUGCUCGUGUCUCAGUUGCCACGGCAACCAGGCGGCGGGCUCUUUGGGCUCUUUGGGCUCUUUGGGCUCUUUGGGCUCCAGGGCGGCCGGCGCCGACUUCACCUGCACGGCUGCGGCACAGCGGGGAGAGAGUGGAUUUUUGCCCUAUUCGGCGGCGGUGCUCAGCAAGACUUCCGUGCCGUCGCCGGACCCGCGGGAGGACACCUCGCUUAACAGAUAACUCGCUUUUUUCGCAGUCCCUGACCAUGUUAGUCAACACUUUUAUUUCAUUGAUUUAUUCAUUUUUACUGGGAAGUCAGAAUACAGGAACUGAAAAAACAGACACUUUUUUGUUGCUGUUGUGUCCCCCAAAAACAUUUUUUUAAAUAAUAGUAUUAUUAUUAUUGGCAUUAUUUGAAGGUUAAUCCCAGCCCUUAACGCAAAAACAAAAAAUAAUAACAAUAAUAAUGAACCAAUUUUAACCGGUUAUUACAGACCUCCACCCAUCCAUCCAUUUCCUACCGCUCAGACUGUCCAGGAUGAAUUCAUUUAUUCCAGUAUACUACACAAAAAAAACAUAUACACAAUACUCUACAAUAUUAUUAUUUUUUAAACAUAUAUAUAUAUUUAUUAA